CUGACAGGAGCUCAUCAGUGCCUCUGAAAACUUACCCAGCUUUCAUUGACGAAACGCACAACGCGUCAUUCGUUGACGAGCUUUUACGCACGAAUAAAGAAGAGAUUCUGUGCGUCAAUUAUUUGGUUUAAUUCCAAAAGUGAAAUAAAAACAAUACAGGGGCAGAGUAUAACGACCUAUAAUGUCACCCGUGAAAAGAAACAUGUCAGCAGUCUUCUCUCGACCUUAAAAGCGCGUAAAUGUUGGAUAAAAGAGCCAAGAAUCCAUGACCGUACCCGGCUUUCACUUGCGGUGAUGGUGAUAAUUACAGACGAUCAGGACGAUCCCGUGAACCUCCAGGAGUCACGACGCCUCCUCAGCUGCCCUCAGGGGUGCCCGGAGCUGAAAUGUGUGGCUGGUGGGAGAGCAGAGACACCGGGAGCCACUUGUUCUCCCUUUCCUGUCGACUUCACGUCUUCUGCAUCCUGAGGGAAUCCCCAUCACAUCACCCGCAUCAUGGCUCAGAAAAACACGUCUGGAGCAAAUACAAUCCCCAGACUUGUUGUCAAGAUCAUAGGCAGCAAACAGGUCAAGCAGUUUAUUGAGGAGCCACGGGAAGCCGACACGUCAAAGAAAGAAGAAAAUCUCCUCGUUGAAGCUGAAUUUGAUGAUGAUUUCAAGAAACCUCCAGAAAAACAAGAUGCGACGACAUCCAGGUCUGACAGACAGAACAGAGUGGACUCUGCACUCUGGGCUGUGAUCAACCAGGUGCCCAACAGGAUGUGUGUGACUGCGCCCUCUGGUGAUCGCUCCAGGUCCUACAUUCACCCAAAGACUCACCACAGCUGUGAUCCCAGAGCAGCUGAAGUACUGCAGACAACAGGACAGAUAGGUGUGUCUGAGGACAGAGAUAAGGCCGAGCUCUCCUCGGCUGUCAGAGAGGAGCUGUCUGAUUGGCAGCUCUCCUCUCUCAGAUCAGCAGAGGACGAUGUGGCAGCUCUUGAUCCCGCCAUCAGUGAGACCCUGAAUCGAUCUGAGAUCACUCACCUGUUUCUGAAACAUGACGUCCCGCUCAAAUUACCAACAUUUUCUCUGCUGCUCGAAAUGUUCUCUGAUAAAAAUGAUCCAGUCCAGAUUCAUUACAGAAAUCUUCUCCAAUUCAUAAAAAGUUCUGCCUUCCCUGAGGAAUUCCCCCAAUGUCAGUGAGCUUCAGCGGAGCUGAACAAGGACAAAGCAUAUUCAUGACUAUCAUGAAUCUGAGCACGCUGAGAAUUGAUGAGGCAACAUGCAGCAAGAAACCAGAGCCAAGCUCAUCUAGCCACAGCUCACAGGACUAUAACUCAUUAUAACGCGGUGACGGAAAUUAGUGUGUGAGAGAAGAUUUAUCAUCCUAUAUCAUGUAUACGAUUAUUGCGCUACAUCCAUUUGGCACGCAUUUUGACAAGCUAUUCUUUUUUCCCUGUGCUAUAUGACCCUGUCCUGGACAGGACACUGAGAUCCGCCUCUUAUGAACAUAAGACAAGAAACAGCAACAGUAGUUAGAGGUUAUUGGACGUACAGUCAAUCAACCAUAUUAAGAGUUAAUAGUUAUUAGUACUGUGUCAGUUUUGUGUGUACUUGAAGGACCCACAUUAGUUGGGGAUGAAUGUAAACUGUAACACGCAUUUGCACUGUCGACACACCAGGCGUGUCGUAUAGAAGUCAGACUUUAGUGUCAAUCGCAGAACUAAAAGUGGUUCAUAGGAUUGGGAAACAGCAGUAACCUGAUUCCACAUCUCUGAUAUGUAGGUGUGGUGUUGUACUCAAUCAUGAUGAUUGAAAGAAUGGGGACAUCAUCUUCCUACUAGCUAUAUAGUUUUUGUUGCAGACCGGCCACUGAGACAGAAUUGGCAUCAGGACUGACCGGCAGAACUUUAUCCAGCACCCCUGGGGACUGUUUACACCUGACACCAACAUGUGGUUUGGGUAAUCCAAACACAAGUGGACAGCUCCAAGCACAGGUGUGCAUGCACCCAAGACAUGUUGAGAUUCGGCUCUGACGUGAUCUGGUCCGCAUCUGAUGACCUUUUUUUAGUAAAUUGUCCUGGGCCGUAAUUUAAGACCGCCUACGCAGCUGAUCACCCGAGUCAUACUCCUGUACCAACGCAGUCAUACUGGAAUGUAAAACAACCAGAAGCCACAACAAAGGGCAAGAAGGUCAUGGGUGGAGAACAAACCAUUUUUUUUAGCACAAUAGAAACUGGAUGAUUCAUAUUACAUCUGGAAAUGAUGCGUUUAUGUCCAUAUAAAGUGGGAAAGUGAGAUCACAAGUAGUCACUUGAGAAUAAUGUCAUGUGUGACUAUAUACUUCGAGCUGUCCAGCUUUGACUGGAUCACCCCAAGACGUGGGUUAAUGUCAGGUGUGAACAGGGCGUUCGUACAGCCAUGCAUCGAGCAAACACUAAUAGUACAGAUGUGUCACUCGCCAAACUCAGACCCAAAAAGGCAAACAUGAAGGGAGUAACUCACAUGACACGACAAAGUUGUUUGCUUUUUCUUUAUUUUUUUUGUAGCUUUUUUUUUUAUAUUUAAGAUUUUUUCCCUUUUUUCUUGCUAUCCCUGCUUUUGGCACUACAUACUUAGGGUGACAUGUUAGAUUGUUUUUAAAACAAACGUCUAUUCAAAGCCUUCAUCUUGUGGCAAGCAAAGUAUGAAUACAGCUAAUAAAAAUAAAGGUUUACAUUUUUUCCUCCUUACUUUACACAUAAAAUAAAAACACUU